AUGGAUCCUAAACCUUGUGAAGCAAGUGUAUUUACCCCAAACAAAUCUAAUGAAGGUAUAAAAGAUGAUGCAGUUCUUCAGUUUUUCAUCUUUUCUCUUGUAUUGAGUUUUAGAAGAAAAGCAUUCAAGAUGUACAAACUCUUAGCAUUAACAGUGAUUGUCGUUGUUUUUGCAGCACAAGCAAAAGCAGAAUGCUCCAAGAAGCAAUGCAGAAUGUAUUGCAAAAACGGAUUUCAAAAAGAUGAGAACGGCUGCGACAUCUGCAAAUGUAACAAAUGUCCAAAGGGACAAUGCAAAAUGCUUUGUAAAUAUGGAUUCGAAAAAGACGAAAAUGGUUGCGAUGUAUGCAAGUGUAACAAAUGUUCACCAAUAAUGUGCACUAUGUUCUGCAAGAAUGGCUUCCAAACUGAUAAGAAUGGAUGUAAAACCUGCAAAUGCAAUAAAUGCCCAUUACAAAAAUGCAGAAUGUUUUGCAAAAAUGGAUUUCAAAAAGACGACAAUGGUUGCGACGUUUGCAAAUGCAAUAAGUGUCCAUUGACGAAAUGCAUGAUGUUCUGCAAAAAUGGAUUCCAAAAAGACGCCAACGGCUGUGACGUCUGCAAAUGCAACAAAUGCUCCAUGAAGCAAUGCCGAAUGUUCUGCAAGUAUGGCUUCCAAAAAGAUGAGAAUGAUUGCCAAAUCUGCAAAUGCAACAAAUGUCCACAAUGGCAAUGCAGAAUGGCCUGUCCAAAUGGGUUUGUAAAGAAUGAGGAAGGGUGUGAGAUCUGCAAGUGCAAAUAAAUGAAGAAUAAACAUUUGAAGACGACAACACAAAAGAAGCGUUUUAAAAAAGUUGUAAAAAUGUUAGCAAAAUAGAAACACUUUGUUCACA